AUGGCAACAGCAACUGACGUCUCGUAUGAGAAGCACAAUGAUGAUGUGGAGAACAUCGUUCCCGAGUUCGGACCGAGCCCCAAACCUACCGAUGGUGGGAGUUCUAAGAUGUGGACUCUUCCGGUAGUGACCAGUUUGGGGCUCACUAGGAGAGAGCUGGUGAUCGGUGGCUGUCUGGUCGGACUGAUGGUUAUUGUUCUCAUCCUCGCCGUUGUUCUGGGCGUUUUGGCAGCCAGACAGGCUACUCCCUUAGUGGUUGAUGUACCCUGCUCUGAUGCUGGCUGCCUACAGGCCACAAGUCAACUCCUACAAAACCUGAACACGUCUGCCAAGCCUUGUGACGACUUUUACAGCUACGCAUGUGGAGGCUGGAUGCUGACCCACCCCAUCGCUCCUGCUGACUUGGAACGGACAGUUCAUCUCGACGUCUACAACCAGAAUGCCGAAAAAAUCCGACGGCUUUUGGACACCCCAGUUGCAUUCUCCGACACACUGGCUGAUCAGAAGGUACCGACGUUACCCGCGCACACGUCACUUGACAUAAUUUUAUCCGUCUUGUUCAGAUUUUUCAAGUUUGAAAUUUUCCAAGAAUACACACACAACGCUAGCCUGGGUGCCGUCCUCCAUAUUUUUUGCCGGCUGCCUAAUGUCGCUGACUACCACGGCACCCAGUCUAGUACAACGCUGCAGUUACACCCAGUCUAGUACAACGCUGCAGUUGCACCCAGUCUAGUACAACGCUGCAGUUACACCCAGUCUAGUACAACGCUGCAGUUACACCCAGUCUAGUACAACGCUGCAGUUACACCCACUCUAGUACAACGCUGCAGUUACACCCAGUCUAGUACAACGCUGCAGUUACACCCAGUCUAGUACAACGCUGCAGUUACACCCAGUCUAGUACAACGAUGCAGUUACACCCAGUCUAGUUCAACGCUGCAGUUACACCCAGUCUAGUACAACGCUGCAGUUACACCCAGUCUAGUACAACACUGCAGUUAAACCAACAGACAUGUAUAGAAUAUACCCUUUCUUUUCUAGAAACUGAACCAAUGUUUAACCUCCACUGCAUAUGUGAAAGUGCUAUCCUUUGGCAGAAUUUGAAGAAAUAUAAGGAAAAACAAUAUUUCAGCCCAUACUAUGAUAAUCCCACUCCCAACACUAUAACAUUACAGUCCUCUAAGAACAAUAUAUUCUGUCAGUAGUAGUGAUGACAUACACAAAACACUAGGAGGGAUUUGCCAAAUAGUGUAUUUAACAGCAAGAGCUACAGUUACUUCCAAUUUAAACUUUCCAACUGAUGUCAAAUUGGAUGCUCUCUGAGAAAAUUUAGGUACAUGUAGCAGCCAUCUUGGACCAGUUAUUUGCAUACGACCAGAAUUUGCAUACGACCAGCCAUUUGUCCUAAUACUAUGUCCUACUGUGAGAUCUAGGCCGUGUCUAUGGCCGUGUCUAAACGGAAUCACCCAAGGCGGUUUAC